CAAAUGGACUUAAUUAUUGUAAAAAAAUAACCAUGCUUCAAACAAAAAGGCAAAAAGGAAUACUUAACUAAAAGAUAUAGGACAUUGAACAGUGUUAUUUCAAAAGUUUGAAUCAUCUUUUCAACAAGUGUCUGACCUAAUUCAUGACUUUGUCUGCUGACUUGGUGUAAAGAUGUUGGAUUAAAUCACCUUUACAAAUCAUUAAAAACACAGUUUUCUGGACUUUGGUUCCUGUAACUCAUCAGGGCUAAUUCUUAUCCUGUUAGUAUCAAUGCAAUUGUUCAAUUAAAGUUGAUUCUUUGGAGCUAUCUGAGUGUAUUUUAUGAGUAAUAAUGGCUGCCAACUACAGUUCCUCUGUUUAUCAAACUUCUGAUUUGAUUCAUGACUUUGCCUGCUCUCCAUGUAAAGAUGAUGGGUUAAAUAAUGAGGCACAGUUCUUUUGUGACGAGUGUAAGAAAUAUUACUGCAAUAACUGUGUACUGCUCCACAACAAACUGUUCAGGACACAUACAGUGCUUGGAAAACAAGAUGUGAGCAAGUGGGUGGGGUAUGCAAGACUUAACCCCAUAGAGGCAUGUGACAAACAUGGCGACAAGAAGCUUGAACUGCUCUGUGAGGACCAUGAUGAGCUCUGUUGCCACAUUUGUGUCUCUCUCACUCACAGAAUGUGUCAGAGUAUUAAGCAUAUUCCUGACCUUGUGGAUGGACUGAAAAACCAAAUAGACUUGAUAAAACUGCCAGCAGACGUUCAAAAGAUUAACCACAGGCUUCAAGAAAUCACGGAGAAAAUGACACACAACAAAGAGUCCCUCAAAGUCUCUGGGAAGAAAUUGCUUGCAGAAAUCAAGACAAUAAGGAAUCGAGUAAACGCAAAACUCGAUGAAUUGGAGAAAAUGACAAAUGCCAUCUUACAACACCAGCUCCAUGAGGCAGAAUGUUUUUUACAGGACGACAUUGACAAAUGCACAAACCUCACAUACAAACUAAAAUCUUACCUAGAAUCCAUCCAAUCCCAGCAAGAUGACAACAACUCUUACAUUGCGUACAAGAAAUGCACGGACAAGAUGAGAGAAGCAGAGAACCUGCUAAAGCAACUGUAUGCCAAGCCUAACAAAUCACUUGUAUUUCAUGAAGACCCCAUGAUUGAACAAUUCCUUUCUGGAUUGAACACACUAGAGACACUUGGGAAAAUCUUUGAUGAGAACUAUGUGUAUAAGGUGAAACACAGAUCACAAUACACAGCUAAAAUCAAAAAUGAUAAAAAAGGGUGCCUAAUAUCCGGUAUAUGUGAGCUGCCUGGAGGAGAGAUCCUCAUCUCAGACUUUAACAACUAUAAAGUAAAGCUUCUGGACUCCCAGUACCAGGUAAUAGACACAUAUAACCUCCCUGAUGCACCAUUACAUAUCUGUCACAUUGCAGGAAAUGAAGCUGCUGUAACUCUAGGUGACAAAGGCGUGCACUUCAUCACAGUGACAGGUAGAACACUGAGUGUAACAAGGAAGUUGACAAUUCCACAUUAUUGUCAUGGUAUUUCUCACCACAAUGGUAACCUCUAUAUGGGAUCCUGGACAGCAAUUUACCAGUACACAAUGUCAGGGCAGCUAGUGAAAAAGAUAUAUGAGGACAAUAGUGCCUUUGUCACAGUGGGCAGAUUCACAGUGAGGAGGGAUGGCACCAACAUUCCUGAUCCAUCUCACAACAAGCUGAUCACCAUUGACACAAGUGGGAACAUUCUAUCAACUCUUCAGGAUCUAGACUUUGACUGGCCUAUUUCAGUGUGUGUGAGUGAUAGAGGACAUGUGUUUGUCUGCUCUCAUAGAUCCCACACAGUGACACUGGUGGACAAGGAAGGUAAACACAAAAUUACCACAUUGGUCACAAUGGCGGAUGGACUAUGUUCUCCUCUAGCAAUAUGGUUUUCAAAACAAUCAUGCAAACUGAUUGUUGGAAGAGAAGGAGAUGAAAUUUCUGUUUUAGAGUUGGAGUGAAAUGAGAGUUACGAUGGUAAUACGGGAUAAUAUCAGCUGUAUUUACUGCACAUAGCGCAUAACUAUGGGAAAAGUAGGAUGAAUUUAAAACACACAAAAUUUUCAAAUUCCAUAAAGUGUAUAAUAAUAAAGAGCACUAUCAGCGGACUUCAAUGCUCAUUUGUUUCCAGCUGACGUGUUUCAUGUGACAAUAUAUUUUACCCAUAGCUUAGAGAUUUGCUAGCCUACAUAUGUAUGAACUUUCAUAGUGAAAAAUUCCAGAAUCAACUGGUUUAAACCUUGAAUUUGCUAAGGCCAGCUACAUGUGUGUCAGAUUGCUGACUUCGAAUGACUGCAUCAUACCCUUUAAAAGUUGGCACUUUUGCUUGGACUUGAUUCAUUCGUUUGCAGGUGAUGACUUUAUUAGACCAUGAGAACUUUAUCACUUUAUAUGUUAGUUUUACUUCAUUAUUCAUUUUUUUCACGUUGAUGCUGGCUCUGAUGAGGCUUAUAGUUCUUAUUCUGUAGUUAUUGUAAAAUUGUUGGGACAUGUUAGAGGUUACGACCAUAGUAGCUAUAUAUGAGCGACUGUAUGUGACUUUAUAUGUAAGUGACCGUAUGUGACUUUAUAAGAAAUUGACUGUGACUGCAUAUGUAAGCGACAGUAUAUGAUGAUUAAAUGAAGUAAUUUUAUGUGACAUUAUAUUAAAGUGACUGUUUGUGAUUUUAUAUGUAAGUGACUGUGUGUUACUUUAUAUUGAAGUGACAGUAUGUGAUUUUAUGUCGAAGUGCCUGUGUGUUACUUUAUAUCCAAGUGACUGUAUGUGUUAUUAUAUGUAAAUGGCUGUGUGUGACUUUAUAUUUAAGUGACUGUAUGUGACAUUAUCUCCCAGUGACUGUAUGUGACAUUAUGUCUAAGAGACUGAAUGUGACUUUAUAUCUAAGUGACCUGUAUGUGAUAUGUCUAAGUAACUGGUUGUGACUUUAAAUCUAAGUGACUGUAUGUGACUUUAUAUGUAAGUGACUAUAUGUGACUUUAUAUGUAAGUGACUGUAUGUGACUCAAUAUGUAAGUGACUGUAUGUGACUUUAUAUGUAAGUGACUGUAUGUGACUUUAUAUAUAAGUGACUGUAUGUGACUUUAUAUGUAAUUGACUACAUGUGACUUAAUAUGUAAGUGACUGUAUGUGACUUUAUAUGCAAUCGACUGUAUGUGACUUAAUAUGUAAGUGACUGUAUGUCACUUUAUAUGUAAUUGACUGUAUGUGACUUUAUAUGUAAUUGACUGUAUGUGACUUAAUAUGUAAGUGACUGUAUGUGACUUUAUAUGUAAUUGACUGCAUGUGACUUUAUAUCUAAGUUACUGUAAUACAGUGUAUAUGCCAUCAUAUGUAAGUGACUGUACGUGACUUUAUAUCUGAGUGACUGUAUGUGCCAUCAUAUA